AUGAUUGUCGGCCUGUCACUUAUCCUUGCCUUCCUGUCUUAUUUGCUUUACCGCCGCCUGUUUUCCUCCGACGGCACUAGUAGUGGUCAGUCGAAGACUCUCCCCAUGUGGCCAUUCUUCUCAGCAUUCAUUAAACAGCCUCCAAACCCGAAACCCCCGUCCUCGCCUCAGGCACAAGCAACUACGCCAACAGCAGCAACUGCCUUGAUAACAGUACAGGAUUACGACGCGCCGAAUUUCGAACCUGCUCUAAAGGAGAAGGACACCCAACAACAACAGCUACAAACACAAAUAUCCGCCCAAGCACCGCCACCACCAUCAUCGCCAUUAUCAUCCCCAAGAAGGACCCCUUCCCCCCCGGAUCUCCACUCCCCAGAAGCAACUCCCAAAGCACUUGCACCCUCUGCGGCCCCCUCUGUUAGAAUAUCCGCGAUACCCGGGAUCUCGCUGCUAGCAGAUGGCGGGAGAGGCGGAGACGAUUCGGGAGCGCGGGGUGUGGGGGGCAGCAACCACAGCAGUGGUGGGCAGGCCGAGGAAGAUGAGACUGACGAUGAUAUACCCCCUUCGUUCCCCUCCUUAAAUUCUGUCCAGCGAGCAUCUGGCGGAAUCCCGUCUCUCACCGCACCGUUGUUAUCGUCCGCAUCACCACCACCGUUGCCAUCAUUAUCACCCUCAACAAACACAAACAGAAUACCCUCACCCGUCACGUCGACAGCAGCACCGACAUUGCCCAUGGCGCCCCCACCCAUUCCCAUCCGUGGGAGGAAUCCGAAAGCAAACGCCCGCCUCAUCGUACCGGGCGCUCCGUCCCAAACCUCCGCUGCUCAGCAGCAACGGCAGAGCGCAAGUUCGGCCGCUCGAUCAAGACUAGCCGCUGUGGGACUGGGGGCCUCCGGUGUGGCGGCAGGCAACGGACUAACUCUCCCGAGCCAGCGAAAAUCUGCCACCUCCUCCAGCAGUCGGAAGAAAGUCAUCCUAGAACCCGGACAUUCGCCGCUCGAUUGGGCAAGGUUACAACGCUCAGGCGUGGACUUGAGGGUGAGUACCGGAGUCGUAGCCGGUUUCAACUCAACCUCGCUCACUAGAUCACCCUAACUAACUUUGCUUUAUUAUUAUUUUCUGGCAGAACCUCCCGCAUUCGAACCUGAUAAAAGUCUCCCCCUCCAUGCUAGCUACACACGCAAAACACCCGGACGACAUCUGGACCGCGCUAAACGGACGAGUGUACAAUAUCACGGCGUACCUCCCCUUCCACCCGGGCGGGGAAAGGGACCUCCUCCGCGGCGCAGGCAAGGAUUGUACAAAACUGUUUAACGCCACGCAUCCUUGGGUCAAUGUUGAGGGUAUGCUGGCUGAGUGCUUGAUCGGGAUAUACAUUACUGAAGAGGAGGCAGCUGCCUUGGCUGCCCCUGAAUCGUCGUUGGAGUCGGUCGAUUAAGCGGAGCGAGCUGGUACACUCGGGAAGGAGGUUAAGGAGAGUUUGAUUUUGAGUACACGCCCACUGCAUCGUCUUUAUUCGGGGUCGGGUUCUUUCGAAGAGGAGGUACAUACAAAGCGAGGGAUAAUAGGAUUUAUAGACUGAUGGAUAUGGGAGUUUGUGUUUUGUUUUGCUUCUCUUCCUUUUCUUCCCUUUUUUUUUUUUGUUGUUUCGCACUCGACCCCACCUUCAAUCAUUCCCUCUCCAUUCACAAAACUAAAAAAAGUACCACCGACGAAGCAAACGGAGUCAAACGAUGGGAAGGCGUAGAGAUUGUUGGAAUUAUACCUUUUCUUUUUAUUCUUUUCUACGACAAAAAUAGCCCCUAUCCUCCACUUUAUUUCCCUCACCUACGUUUCUUGCAUCUUACAUUCUCAUGGGCUUUUCAUGUGUGUAUGUUUUUUCUUUUCUUUUCUUUUCUUUUCCUUUCUUUCCAUCCUCGUCCAGGCGUUUCUAGGGGGUUUCUUCUUCUUUUUCUCCCCUUUUCCUUCUACCUGCUCACUUCCCCUUCUCACCAAAAUUGCCUAUGAAUAUUAUCUACCUUUCCGACUUACUGCCUCUCCCUCCCCUAUCCCCAUUCUCAAUCAUCUUCAUAUUCGUCACGUCCGAUACCCCUACCCAUACCCUUAAUAUACCACCCCACCCAUCACACCUCCAGGAUAUACACAUAAUCGUGUGCUUUAUUUUGCUUUCUGUAUUCCAAUCCCCUGCUCCUCGCUCUACUUAACGUUGCACGCAGAAUUUGUAUGAUACCGCUUUUUAUUUAUUCCCCUUCUUGUUUCUGUUCUGGUUCUAUUUCGAUUUUUGUUUAGGGGCUUGUCUCUGCCAAUAAUGAAGAUUGAGGAUGGGUAGGUGACUACAGAUGGAGAGGGACAGAGAGGUCUGUGGGGGGUGGUCGAGGUAGGAGUAUGACCCGGGGGGUCCCUGGCGUUUUUUUUUCUCUUUUCAGAUUCCUCCGACUUUUAUUUUUUGUUUUCUUAUCUCCUAUUUUUUACUUUCUUUCCGGUCCCACGGAGAGGGUGUAUGUAUGCUCAAUCUCUCUCGGGUAUUUUAGCCCGUGGCCGUUGUAUCUAUUAUAAAGAGUACACAA